GACCGGAAAUCCUUGCUGUUGUUAGUUAGCUGUUAGGGGAAGUGUCUCAUCCAAGAGAGACGUGUUAUAAAUUCAAUAAUCUAUACAAUAAAGACUAAUUGGUAAUGGCCGGGACGGCGUCAGUCGCUGGUGAAGUGUUCGUCGAUGCUUUGCCAUAUUUUGACCAAGGUUACGAUGCAGCAGGUGUCCGGGAAGCGGCUGCAGCAUUGGUUGAGGAGGAGACCAGAAGAUACCGACCUACCAAGAACUACCUGAGCUACCUGUCCACCCCUGACUUCACUACUUUUGAGACAGAGAUCAUGAGGAAUGAAUUUGAGCGACUUGCGGCUCGACAGCCCAUGGAUCUCCUGAGCAUGAAGAGAUAUGAGUUGCCAGCACCCUCCGCAGGACAGAAGAACGACAUCACAGCGUGGCAGGAGUGUGUCAACAACUCGAUGGCUCAGCUUGAGCACCAGGCCAUCCGCAUUGAGAACCUGGAGCUCAUGUCACAAUAUGGAACCAACGCAUGGAAAGUCUACAAUGAUAACCUGGCCUUCCUGAUUGAGAUGGCACAAAAGGAACUUCAGAAAUUCAGGAAGCAAAUUCAGGAUAUAAACUGGCAGCGUAAGAAUGAUCAGUUGGCAGGAGGAGCCAAACUGCGAGAGCUCGAGUCCAACUGGGUGUCUCUGGUCAGCAAGAACUACGAGAUCGAGCGGGCCAUCAUCCAGCUGGAGAACGAAGUCACUCAGCUCAGACAACAGCAGGGGGAUGAGAAUAAGGAGAACAUCCGACAGGACUUCUAGAGCGGCUGGAGCAGCCUGCACUUCCGUCAGUCGCACAGAUUCACCUGGUUUUAUGAGGCUCACUGGACUGAGAACCCAGAGGAGGGAACGUUACCUGUAUGGAGAAGAUCUAAUGUGAAACCUCACCAUCCAAUAACUUCAACACUCAGAAGGAUGUGCCCCGAAACCUUAGUGACAACACACAUUUUACAAGACCUCACACUUUGUAUUCUACCUUUUAAAGCCGUGAUGAAAUAUGGUAUAAUGCAGCUUCUUUUUUCCAAGAACACACAGCUGUUUAAAGGGAGAUUACAUCUCACAUUAAUACAAUCUGGUUUUGCUGCUACAGUACAGCCAGUAGCUUAGCGAGGCUAAUGUUCUUUCUUUGUGUGUUACUGUUGCAGCAUUUAUGUGUGUAACAGUUCAAUAAAAGUUACAUAGUUUCUCUUUAAAAAGUAAUUUAUACAAACAUGCAGGUUUCAAAUAUUGUACAUAGUCUCUGAAUCAAAUCUCAGUGAGCCCCACCGUGACUUCAAUUUGUGUAUUUUUUUAUGCUGUUUAAUAAAGUGAACAUUUCUUAAUA